UAUUAUAUUUUAAAAAAUUUUUUUUUUAGAUAAAUUUCAAAAACUAUCAGAUUAAAGUUCAGCUGUAAAACAUAAUGGCCUCAGUGCUAAAUAAAUCAUACCUAGAUCGUCCGAAGUUAAAAGGAUCUCCAGAAAAGAAAAUAACUCAUGAUAUGGAAGAAUCAUAUGAAAAGAGGCCUUUAUAUACAUCAGUUAUGGCAUGUUUGGGAUUUUAUUUUUUGAUUUUUAUUGGAUUGAUAAAUCAUAUUGUUUUUACUCCCAAAGUAACUACUGAAAAAAAUCGCAAGGGAUAUCCACCACUGUACAAUAAAUUUGAUAGCAUAUAUUUGAGAUAUGUAUAUCGGCGUGUUAAAGACUGUUUUAAUCGAGUAGUUUGUGGUGUACCAGGUGCAAAGAUUGAUAUCAUGGAUAGGGUAACUCAUGACAGUUGUUGGUCAUUUGAGCUUCUGGACACAAAAUCUACUUUUCUAAAUUUAGGUUCAUAUAAUUAUUUAGGUUUUGCUCAAAAUGAAGGUCCGUGUGCAGAUGAUACAAAAGACAUAAUUAAGAAAUAUGGUUGGGCAGUCAAUAGUUCACGUCAAGAACUUGGAACUAACAAUCUUCAUUUAGAGCUCGAACAACUAAUAGCUGCAUUCUUAGGUGUUGAUGAUGCUAUAGUAUUUGGUAUGGGAUUUGCCACUAAUUCUCUGAAUUUACCUUCCAUCAUAAAUUCUGAAUGCUUAGUACUAAGUGAUGCAUGUAAUCAUGCGUCUAUUAUUUUGGGGAUACGACUGUCAGGAGCCACAUCUGUAGUGUAUAAGCAUAAUGAUGUAAUACAUUUAGAACAAUUAAUACGACAAAAUAUUGUUUCUGGUCAACCGAAAACCCAAAAACCUUGGGAAAAAAUAUUUAUUGUAACUGAAGGCAUUUUUAGCAUGGAAGGAUCAAUUACAAAUCUUCCAGAUAUAAUUGCCAUUAAAAAAAAAUACAAAGUUUAUUUAUAUGUUGAUGAGGCUCAUAGUAUUGGAGCCUUAGGACCAAAUGGCCGAGGUAUAUUCGAUUAUUAUAACUGCUGUCCAAAAGAUGUUGAUAUAUUAAUGGGCACGUUUAGUAAAUCGUUUGGUUCAGCUGGAGGGUAUAUAGCUGGCAGUAAAGAUUUAAUUGACUAUUUGAGAGUAAAUAGUCAUGCUUCAUGUUAUGCUACAUCUAUGGCACCACCUGUAGCUCAAGUAAUCAUAACAUCUAUGUCGAUGAUAAUGGGAAGAAAAUAUGGAGAAGAGGGUAGAAAACGAAUUAUCCAACUAGCAAGCAAUGUCAAAUAUUUCCGAAGGAAACUUAAGGCCUUGGGUUGUGUAGUAUAUGGAAAUGACAACUCUCCUGUUAUUCCUAUGUUGGUGUAUAUGAUAUCUAAAGUUGGGGCAACGGUUAGAGAGUUCAAUAAAUUUAAUAUAGCUACCGUUGGUGUUGGUUUUCCAGCUACUCCAUUACUUGAAGGAAGAAUUCGUUUUUGUAUGUCAGCUGCAUUGACAAAGGAACAACUUGAUGAAGUUCUGGUUGCCACGGAAAAAAUAAUAAAUAAACUGGGUUUGCGCUAUUCUAAAAAACCAAUUUUCAAUGAAGAAAUACUAUACGAGAACCCAUAUUAAUUUAAAUACU